AUGGACGCCAUAAUCUCCUCCGCUCUCGAAGCCAUCUGUGUGCAAGGCCAAACCGGCCUCUCGUUGGCCUCGCUGUGGACCGAACUCGGCAAUCUCAAUGACAAUUCUCUCACUCCCUCUUUCAAAGCUUCCAUUUACUCCAACCUCUUGAAAAUCCCUUCACUCCAGUUCCUCUCCUCUCAAAACGACGCGUUUGAUCCGAAUGACGCCGCGAUUCAGCUCCUCGAGGACGCCGAGAAGCUAGGCGUGAAGAUCGUUGCCAGUUUGCAGCUUAGAGACAAUUUCGUUGGACUGUAUGACACGUCGGCUGCUAAUUCUAACCUCUCCGCUCCUCAACGUCGCACUCUUGAACGUCUAGCUGUUGCCAGAUCAAAUGGACUAACACAAAAUCAACUCGCCAAGGAAUUUGGCAUUGAAGGGAAUAACUUGUUUUAUAUAGUGAGGAACCUUGAAUGCAAUGGCUUGAUUGUGAGGCAACCAGCAGUUGUGAGGACAAGGGAACCUGGCAGUGAAGGGGAGCCAAAAAACAGUUCAUGCGUGACCACCAAUUUAAUGUACUUGUAUCGGUAUGCAAAACAAUUGGGUUCUCAACAAAGAUUUGAGAUUAGCAAGGAAGGACCAAUUGUGGAUAAUUUUGGGAAUGGAAAUGAAAAUGCUGUGGGUAAAGAUGGUUUCCCUGGAGAAAGUGUUAAAGAGGAUGUGCACAUAAAGGAUUUUGUACCUGCAAUGAAAGAUAUCUGUGAUAAGCUUGAAGAAGCUAAUGGCAAGGUUCUUGUUGUCUCAGAUAUUAAACAAGGCCUAGGUUAUUUUGGACCUUCGAAACACAAGGCAUGGAGAACUAUAUGUAGGCGGUUGACCGAUGCUGGCAUUGUUAAGGAGUUUGAUGCAAAAGUGAAUGAGAAGGUUGUGCGUUGUCUACGAUUGUUGAAAAAGUUCUCCUCAAAAAAAUUCGAGCCAAACAACCUUGGAUGUGGAGAUAAUUUUGAGAAAGAAGAAGUGAAAUUUGGAAGGAGAUUUCCCAACAAUGAGCAACUCGUAGAGCUUCCCAUUGAGCAACAAAUUUAUGAUAUGGUGGAUGCUGAAGGAUCUAACGGAUUGACUGUUAUGGAGGUGUGUGACAGGCUUGGACUUGAUAAGAAGAAGAACUAUGCUCGGCUUCGUAGCAUGUUUUCAAGAUUUGGAAUGCCUUUGCAGCCAGAGAACCAUAAAAGAACUUUAGCAUAUCGAGUUUGGGCACCUGGAAAUUCUAAUUCUAACUCAUUUAAUGCAUUUCACAGUAAAUUGAAAAAAAAUAAUAGCGAAAAUGAAGUUUCUCAUGUUGAUAUUAGCCAUCCAGAUGAUGCUUCUCAUGGACCAGAUCAAACAUUUCUUGAGUAUAACCAUUCAACUUCUAAAGGUGAUUUAGCUAAUCCUGGAGAAGAAAAAGACAUUGAAACCAAUACUGAAAUUCCUUCUGGCUCCUUCUGAGAUGAUAAAACUAACCAUAUUCUUCCUUGUCCUGAGCAAGAGUUGGUUCAUGACCCAAGUGACACGGCUUCAGGGGGAGAACUAGUUUUAGUGCGUUCAGAAAUAGAAACUAAUGUUUCUCCAUCAGAAACAAAACAUCCUGCUUUGCGGAAAGCACUUACAAAUCCAUCACCGUCUUUGACUCCUAAUAGUUUACGAAGGGAGAAGUGGAUACUUGAACGCUUACAGGACGAAAAGUUUAUUUUGAGAGUCGAGCUGCACAGGUGGCUCAUGAAUCUCGAGGACAAGGGCCCAACAAUUGAUAGGAAGACUAUUGAACGAAUAUUAUUAAAUCUUCAGCGGCAAGGACACUGCAAAUGCUUAGACAUUAGUGUCCCUGCUGUCACAAACUGUGGUCGUACCCGCACCACUCGGGUGGUUCUGCACCCAUCUGUUCAAAGUUUGGCUCCUGAUCUACUCAGUGAAAUCCAUGAUAGACUGAGAUCUUUUGAAAUGCAAAUUCGUGGUCGGGGCUUAUCUAAGAUAAAAAAUAAUGAAUUAGUUCCUGUAUUGGAUGGCGUCCAGAGAACUCACGGCCGUAUAUAUUCAGAUGACAAAGCAGUUAAAUAUGAAGCUAUGCGUGCUAAUGGGUUCGUACUGGCAAAAAUGGUUCGUGCGAAGCUUCUUCAUAGCUAUUUAUGGAGUUUUCUCAGUAAACAACCUGGUUGGGAUGAUACUUUAUCAUCUGGGAAACAUGUGACUGACUUAAAACUUCCUCACAGCUCUUGCAAUUUGUUUUCCCUAGAAGCAGCCAUUAAGAACAUUCCAAUUGAACUUUUUUUACAAGUUGCAGGAUCUACUCAGAAAUUUGAUGAUCUGAUUGAGAAGUGCAAGAAGGGUUUGUGCCUUUCUGAUCUUUCUAUCAAAGAGUAUAGGGGUCUGAUGGAUACUAGGGCAACUGGGAGACUAUCAUUGAUCAUUGACAUUCUGCGCAGGUUGAAGUUGAUUCGGCUGGUAAAUAAUGGUCAUUCAGAUGAUGGAAUCAAGUUCUUGCAUGCCAAUUUGACACAUUCAAUGGAACUUAAACCUUAUAUAGAGGAACCACCAUCAAUAGCUGCAACAUCCAAUGUUAUGCUUCUUGAUCUUCGCCCACGAAUCCGACAUGACUUUUUCCUGUCAACCAAAGAAGCUGUUAAUGAGUAUUGGCAAACUUUAGAGUAUUGUUAUGCUGCUGCUGAUCCAAGAGCUGCCAGACAUGCAUUUCCUGGAUCUGCUGUUCACGAGGUUUUUCAUUACCGGUCAUGGGCCUCAGUUCGGGUUAUGACAGCUGAUCAGCGUGCUGAGCUCCUUAAGUGUAUGGUGAGGGACAACGUAAAUGAAAAGAUCUCAUACAAAGAGUGUGAGAAGAUUGCCAAGGAUCUUAAUCUGACUUUAGAGCAGGUGCUGCGCGUUCAUUCUGAUAAGCGACAGCAACGUCUUAGCAGAUUUCAGGGUGCUUUUGGUGCCAAUGGGAAGGAGUGUCAGCCACUAAAGAAUAAAUGUUCAUCAUCACAAAAAAGAAAGAGAUCUUUAGACGAAAGAUCAUUAAAGCGGACAAGAGUUGGUGCUGCAACUGGACAGUUGGCUAGCCAGGGGGUUGCUACAUUACUUGAUACUACAAACAAAUUUGUGGAAGACCAUGACCAUCAUUUUCCAGGACAUGAAGAAGGUGAUCAUUUGAUAAAUGUACAAGAUCCAGGACCAGAUGAAGAUGGAGAGAGUCAUUUAUCUUACAGUCAGCACACGUCUUCGGAGAUGAAGCCAUCACAUCAAAAAAGGUUCUCAUGGACAGAUGAAGCAGAUAGGCAAUUGGUGAUUCAAUAUGUUAGACGUCGUGCAACUCUUGGGUCAAAAGUUCACCGUGUGGAUUGGGCUUCUCUUCCUAAUCUUCCAGCGUCUCCUGGUGCCUGUGAGAAACGAAUGUCUUCUCUAAGAAGAAAUGGAAAAUUUAGAAAAGCUAUCAUGAAGCUCUGUAAUUUGCUUAGUGAACGAUAUGUGAAGCACCUGGAGAAAACUCAAAAUAUGAAACUAAACAUUAAUGAUAGCAGAGUGCCUGUGCAGGUUUUGUCCAGGAAAGGUCAUAAACUGAAUGUCUCUGAUGGUGUUGAAGACACUGAAGAUACUAUUUUGGAGGAAAAACAGUGGGAUGAUUUUAAUGACAAGAAUAUUCAGGCAGCUCUUGGUGAUGUCCUUCGAUUGAAACGGAUAGCGAAGUUGGAGACAUCUAAAAGAAUUGGGUCAGCUUCUGAGGAAUAUCUAAAUAAUCUUGAGGAAUCUGGAUUGGUUUCUUCAGCCACUUAUAGUGAUCAGAACCUUGGUAUGGGACCACAUAAGGAUGCUGCUCGAAGAACCAAAUGUCAUCUCCUUCAUCAAAAGUUUCUCAAGCUUUUGACCGAAGGGAUAAGUAUCAGUAGAGAAGUUGAAUCUUUGGCUGUUUCUAAUGCCAUAGAAUUGUUUAAGCUCGUCUUCUUGAGCACCUCAGCAGCACCAGAACUGCCAAAUUUGCUGGCAGAAACUCUACGGCGUUAUUCAGAACAUGAUCUUUUUGCAGCCUUUAGCUACCUCAAGGAGAAGAAAUUUAUGAUUGGGGGUAAUGGCAGUCCUUUUGUACUUUCUCAGCUGUUCUUGCAAAAUCUUUCUAAAUCACCCUUCCCAAUUAAUACUGGAAAGAGAGCUACAGAAUUUUCUAGUUGGCUUUAUGAAAGAGGAAAGGAUCUUAUGGAAGGGGGGAUUAAUCUUAAUGCAGACUUACAGUGUGGGGAUAUUUUUCAUUUGCUUUCUUUAGUUUCUUCUGGCGAACUGUCAAUUUCUCCUUUGUUGCCAGAUGAAGGCAUUGGAGAGGGAGAAGACUUGAGAUGUUUGAAACGUAAGAAUGAGGAAAAUGAAUUUUGUGAUGGUGAUAAGGCUAAGAAAUUAAAAUUUGUCGCAGAAAGUGAACUUGUUUCUCGCCGAGAAAAGGGUUUUCCUGGUAUCAUGGUAUCCGUGCAUCGUACAAGAAUAUUAAUGGCCGAUGCUGUAGAGUUGUCUGAAGGUGUGGAAACUUGCAGCAGUGAACUUCAUGAUAAUGCUGAAUUUAACAAUCUUUUGGAUCAAAAAAAUAUUGGUAGUCCUUGUCAGUCUGACCAUGUGAAGCAGAUGCUCAACUUUGGCAGUGCUGUUACCAUAGCAGGAGGUUCUAGUGAGUCACCUUGGGACUCUAUGGCAACCUAUGCUGAGUAUUUAUCGAGAACUGACCAAACACUGGUUAGUUUCUUCAGUCCUAAGGUCUUUAAGACUGUUUAUGCUGCUAUUCAAAAGGCUGGUGACCAAGGGUUGAGCAUCAAGGAAGUUUCCCACGUUAUAGAUAUGCCAGGAGAAAAAAUCCCUGAAUGUAUCAUCAAUGUGCUUCAAGCAUUUGGACGAGCAUAUAAGGUCAAUGGCUAUGACACUGUUCGUGUUGUUGAUGCAUUAUAUCGUUCCAAGUAUUUCUUGAUCUCUAUGGCUGGUUUCCAUCAAGAUCUCAACACACCAUCAUUGACAAAGUUCUCAAGUAGGACCAAUAAUAGCCAAUUAGUCCAGCCAGAAAACCAUGAUAGUGAUGGUGCUAAUUCACAGCGGAAAAUGGAGAUGAAUGUUGGUGAUAUGCACAAAGUCACCAUUCUUAAUCUUCCUGAAGAUUUUGCUGAACACGUAAAUGAAACUCAAACUAACAAUGUGCAUGAAGUCUGUAUUCAAGUUGAUGGUUUGUCUAGGGAGUAUAUUCAGAGUGAAAGCUACAAAUACACUUCUGCUGAAUUUUGUAUGCCGAUAUUGCCCUGGGUAAAUGGAGAUGGAACUGUCAACAGUAUUGUUUACAAUGGACUUCUACAUCGUGUUCUGGGCAUGGUUAUGCAAAAUCCUGGGAUAUUAGAGGAUGAAAUUAUCCGCGGGAUGGAUGUAUUAAACCCCCAGAGCUGUAAAAAAUUGCUGGAGCUGAUGGUUUUGGAUAAACACCUCCUCGUGAGGAAGAUGCAUCAAACUACACACACCGGCCCUCCUCCUCUUCUGGGGACCCUCCUCGGACGCAGUUUCAGAAGUUCGACAAUGUUAUACCGCGAGCAUUUCUUUGCCAAUCCCAUGAGCACAUCUUUACUGUAAACUCAUGCUAUUCUCGAGACCCUCCUCGGAUGCUGCUUCAGAAACUCAAAGAUGGCACCAAAUCCCAUGAGCACAUCCUUACUGUAAAUAAGUUUCAUAAUUUCGGUGUCUCCGAUGAGCAGCAAAAUACCAUUCCCAGUCAGUAAGUCGCAUAGCAGUCCAGCAGAUCAUAUAGAAUGUACAUUUUAAUGAUCAAAUUUGCAAUGUUGAAGAUGUAUCAUGUAUCAUACUCUUUUGAUUGUUGGUGUAAACUUUUUAUCGUAAGUUAUAAUUAUCUAUUUAUUAUUUAAUUAAGUAUACUUUUAAGGUACAAAAUAAUAUUAUUUGG